GGCCCCUCUCUCUCCUCCAUCCCCACCGCCGCAAUCCUCCCUCCUCACCUCCAUCCAGAUCCACAGAGCAGCAGAGAGAAAGGAUCGCCGGAGCAACAGGUCGACGAGGAAGACUUCAGCUAGCCGGAUCUCAAGUCACCAUGGUGGUCGCGCUCGGUCCGGGCAGGUUCUACGGCGGCGGCCUCCCGCGCCCGCGCGUCUUCCCCGGCGACCGCGUCGACCCGCCGGCGCCCGUCACCGAUGCGCUGCUCUGCUGGGCGCGGGACGCGCACUGGUCCAUGGGCGGGCUCGGCGCCAAGCGCCUCCGCCUGCAGGGCCGCAUCGAGGGCAACCUCGUCAAGCUCCGCCGCACCGCGCGCCGCGACGCCAGGCCCUCCGCCAAGUCCAACCCCAAGGCCUCCAAGGCCAAGGUCCGCGCCGCCGGGCAUGGGCCCGCCCCUGCCACCCUCGACGACGCGCUCGGCUCCGACGACGACGACGACUCCGAGGACGAGGCCGAGGUCGCGGCCCAGGAGAAGGCGAUGCGGCGCGAGGUCGUGGAUGAUGACGAGGACUCCGAGUCCGGCGAGUCCGAUGGCGAGGGGGUGCCGCUCGUCACCAUCGCCGCCGCCGCAAAGCGGAAGCGCGUCAGGAAGCUCUCCGACGAGUUCGACCGCAUCGCCGCCGCGCAGCAGGAGGGCGGCGGGAAGAAGAAGCCCGCGGCCGCGGCUCCGGCCAAGGCGCCGAUGAGGAAGAAGCCUGCUGCUUCUGCUGCGGCGGCUCCUGCUCCGGCCGCUGAGGCACCGGCGAAGAAGUCGCUGAAGAGGAAGGCGGUUGCGCCGGCGGUGAGGACCUCACCGAAGAGGAAGGCUGCUGAGGCGCCGGCGGCAAGGAGGACCUCGCCGAGGUCGAAGCACUGAAACUGACGGAUAGGUGCUCGUUUCCAUUUGCAAUCCCUGUUCUUGGUUCGUCAGAUCGGUGGCUCUAGCGAUUGUGGUGUGAUCUCGGAGAUGCAGUAUGCUGUGUGUUCGUCGAAAUGCUUGAAUGGAAUCUAGUGUCAUGCUUCCAUGUCUGAA